UUUUUUUUUAAAUGAGUUUAUCUACGGUGGAAACUGUAGUUGAGGAGGAGAAAAGAAUGGGGAUUGGUCUUUAGACGGGUCUGUGUACGUAAGUGUAAAAGGUUGUCGGCACCAGCAUGGGAGUGCAGGGGCUCACGAGCUUCGUGGAAAGACACGGACACUUCCUGCACAGGCAGAGAGUGAGGAACACCAGGCUGGUGGUGGAUGGCUGCAGUUUAUACUACAGACUCUACUUCACUUCAGGCUUGGACCAGCAGCAUGGCGGAGACUACGACUCCUUCGCUAGCGUGGUGUUGCAGUUCUUCGAGGCCCUCUUCACGUGCCACAUACAGCCGUUUGUAGUCCUGGAUGGUGGGAUCGACGCCAGCGACAAAAAGUUCCAAACAAUAAAAGAGCGACUCCAAAACAAGAUCAGGGAGGCAAGCUCCCUGUCCCGGGAUAAGAAUGGGUCCAUCUUGCCGCUGCUCGCCCGGGAAGUCUUCCUGCAGGUGCUCGUCAGUCUGCAUGUGCCAGUCGUCCAGUGCGUGUCGGAGGCGGACUGGGAGAUCGCCGCGCUGGCCAAUCAGUGGGGCUGCCCUGUGCUGUCCAGUGACAGCGAUUUCUACAUCUUUGACCUGAAGGGCGGCUACCUGCCCAUGAGCUACUUCCAGUGGAGCGACGUGGUCACGUGCGAGAGGACGUCUGUCAGCCACAUCCCCGCCAGCCUCUUCUCUGUGAACAAGUUCUGUGCGCAGUUCAACCACAUGAACAAGGAACUGCUGCCUCUGUUUGCCAUCUUAGCCGGGAAUGACUAUGUGGGCGUGCCGUCUUUAGAAAGGCUUUUCAAUGCCUUCCGACUCCCUCAGGGAGGGAAGACUUCCUGCCGGAUCGAGAACCUGCUCCGCUGGCUGGCUAGGUUCAAGGGGCCGGAGCAGACCUUGGCUGAGAUCGAAGGGCAGGUGGGCAGACAGGCCGUCUGUGCACAGCUCUCCUCCAGGAUGCAGGAAUACCGCCUCUCUGAGAGUCACGUGGCCUCAUUCUUCGCAGGCGGCUCUCCGACGUUCAUCCUCCCCUAUCCGCUCGCCUCACUUCCCCCAUGGGUCCUGCAGGCGCUGUUCGAGGCCAGGCUGAUGCCGCUGGUCAUCAACGUGCUGGUUCUGCAGAGGGCGCUGUUGAACGUGCAGGUAGAGAACUGCCAGCUGGCCAGCAGUCACGCUGGCUCCGUGUUGCUUCGCCAAGAGCUCUACGGCUUGCUGCUGGACUGGAAGCAAAGGCGGGGCCAGGGGCAGGGGGCUUGUGACCUGGGUCGGGGGCGGGCACAUUCCACUCGUGGGCGGGGCCAGGUGCAGGGGGCUUGUGGAUUGGCCCAGGAACAGGCCACGUAUGGGCAGGGCCUGAUGCACACUGUGGAGGAGUACGACCGGCACAACUUGGAUCUGAGGAGAUCAGCAGUUCCAAGUCCUGUGUCCCAACUCAUCAGAGCGAACCCUUUAGAGAAAAUGAAUGAGGCACCUUUGGCAACGAGGCAGCAGCUCCUCCUGAACAUGCUGCAGGUUCCUGUGAGUGUCGUUGAAAUUUCCCCCCCUGCCUUCGCUCUCGCCGCGUGUGUCACCGUCUAUUGGCUCAGGAGCUGCGGGCCAAGAGUCAGGCUGCAGCAUCUGCAGGCCCUGAUGCUGGGAAUGGUGUACGGGGAGGUCUGCAAGCUCAAGGUCAGCCAGAGAGGACCAGCGCUGUCGUGCGUGAGACUGGACCGCAUACGGGCGGCAUGCGGCGACAGGACCAGGCUGGAUCUGGACUCGGCUCACGUCUUUAGCCAGUGGCAGUCCUGCAUGUGGGUCAGCCUGCACCUGAACCGCCUGCUUGGCAGCCCGUUGCCUGAGCCCGACUGUGCUCGGUUGUACACCGGGACCUUGGUGCACCGCCUUGUCAGGGAGCUGAGGGGGUGCGUCUCGGCCGAGCGCAUGUUGGAGGGGGCUCUUCCAGAGCAGCUCUAUAGCAGCCUCUCCAGCGCCAUCCAGGGCGCCGGGAGCCCGGUCUCCUUUGCUCCCGCCUCCGACUCCUCCAAGAAGAGGAGGAGGCGGCGGGGAGGGGGGCGGCGGCCGGGGGCCGGAGGCUGCGCCAACAGGUUUAGUCUGCUGCAGCUCGAUGACGGCUGAGGGGCCGUCAGCUUUCGCUCCAGCUCCAGAAAGGCUUCCCCGCAUCACAGCUUCACACACAAUCAUGAAAACACUUCUCCAGAUAAAAGGCUUUUACUCUUUUUUUACUUGCAGCCAAUGAAAGGUCUCACCUCAACAUACAACCAUUAUAACUAUAUUAUAUUAACUUUUAUUACAUUUUGUAAGACCGUGUCAUUGUUUCUAGAACACUAUUAAUGUAAGAUUUAUGAAAUUAAUUAUGAAUGUGUGCUUUUAUGGAACAGACAUAUUUUUCUACAGAAAGUUUGUGAACUUCCCAUCUCUGUGUACUGCACAGAUUUUAAUAGCAGCAACAUUGAUCUUCAUAUUUUUUGCAAAAUGUCCUUAACUUUAAAUGCAUAAAAUACCAGGAUUACCGUGGAAGGCUUUUUAAAAUGUAAAAUCUGAUAUUGCUCUUAACCCAGUGCCAUGCAGAAAUGUAAAUGAAGUCAUUAAAAUACCAUUAAACUGUCA